AUGGAUCAAGAGAGGAAGUUUUUAUUGCUAAAGAAAAGAUUGGAUGCCUUGCAUUAUUGUUAACCCUUAGGAAUAGACUCUGUUCCUUUAGUAGAGAGGUUACUAAAUGAUUUAGUUAAAACUACUGAAGGUUUUCAAUAAUUAAAAAAAUAAUUGGAAGAAGUAUAUUGAUGAUAUAUGAAAUAGACUAAAAUAAAUGCAGCUAAGUUUGAACAAUUAUUGUUACCUUUAAAAAAGGAGAAUUAAAGGAUUGUUAAUGAAAAUAAUUAAUUACAUAUGACAAUGAUUCAAAUUAAGGAAGAAUGUGAUACCAAAGAGAAUAAAUGGAGAUCACAAGUAAGAAUGUUAGAAAGUGAGAGAAAUGAUUGGAAAUUUAUAUUGGGUUAAAAAAAUAAUGCUGAAAAGAAAUUACAAGAAGAAUUAUUUAAAAAAAAUAAUGAAAAUUAUUUAUCUUCAAGUAAUUAACCAGAUAAAACAUUAAAAUUGAUUGACUAAAUAUAAGAUUUAGAGAAGAAGUACCUUAAUUAUGAUUAUCAUUUCUAGAUUAAUAUAAGUACAAUAGGAUUCAAGAGAGAAUGACAAUUCCAAAGUAUUGUUGGAAGAAAAAUGUAAGCAUUUAGAAUUUUAGAUCGAAAAUAGAGAAAAGGAGAUUUUGAGAUUAAAGUCAAAAUUAGAUAUUUAAGGCACGAAUAUUGAAAAAUUAGCAUAAGAACAUCUUCUCUCAGAGACACAAUAAAAGGCUUAAAGAACAUAAACAUAAGUGGAUUUGUUAACUGAAGAAAAUACAAAGUUAAAUGAUGAAUUAUCGAAUUUAAGAAAAGAAUUAUCACGUUUUAGGAAAAAGCCUAGUCAACCAUAAUAAUAAAGCCCAAAUAAAUCAGAUAAAAAAAACGAAUUAAAUUAGAUCAAAUAAAGAUUAUCUUUCAUUGAGGAAGAGAAGGAAAGGAAUUAAGAAUAAUUCAAAUAGAUAUUAAAUUAAUUAGAACAGGAAAAUUAACAAUUAGUUGAGAAGUUUUAGUAAUUACAUCAAUAAAAUGAAUAACUAUAAUUGAAAGCUUAAAAUGCUGAAUAAGUGGUAUAAGCAUACUAAACUGAUAAGAUGGUAUUUAGUAAAGCUGUAAAUAAUUUGAAGAAUGAUAAAGAAAAUACUGUGCAGACUUUAAAAAAUUUAGAGGAGGAAAAUGAAAAAUUACAAUAUUAGUUGAAUGAUAUGGAUGAUUAACUACAAAUUCAAAAGUCAGAAUAUUAAUAAUUAUAAAGAGAAAAGGAAUUAUAUGAUAGAAAUUAUAAGAAAUUGAAUGAUGAGUAUGAAAGAGAGAAAGAAUUUGUAUAGUAAUUAAGAUAAGAUAAGAGAGAUUUGGAAAGGGAAUUAGAUCAAGAAAAACAAACUAUUAGAGAUUUGAAAAUAGAAUUUGAAAGAAUGGAUGUUUCUAAAUAAAAUUUAGAUGGUCUAUUAUAAAAAUUUAAGUAGGAGCAAAAGAAUUAGUAGUCCCAUUAAUAAAAUCCUAACUAAGGCCAACAACUUAUGAUAGAUUAAUUAAGAAAGGAAAAUGAUCUAUUGACUAAGGAAGUACAAACAACAGAAAAUCUAUUAAAAUCGAUUAAAAAAGAAUUAGGAGAGAAGGAUAGAGAUAAUUAUGAAUUAAAGUAAUAAAAACGUGUAUUGAAUGAUCAAAUAAAUGAAUUAGCACAGAAGAAUGCUAACUUGGAUUCAUAAAUAAAAUUAAAGUUAUAGGAUAUAGCAUCGCUAGAAUAAGAAGUUGAAUAAUUCAAAAGAGAAUAAUCAAAGAUGCGUUUAAAUUAAUAAAGUAUAAUAGAAUAAAAGUAAAAGAUUGAAAAUGAUACAGUUGGAGAGUUAAAACUACUUUAACAAUAGAAUAAUUCUCUAAAAUUAUAAAUAUCAGAUUUAGGGAUAUUUAAUUCUCAAUUAGAAGAGAAACUUAAAAUAGCCUAAGAGUUGCUUAAUGAAUAAAGAUUGGAAAAUGAUAAAUUGCAAAUGAAUUUAAGAUAAUAAAGUGAUGAAACCUUUAAAUACUAAUAAAACGUAUUAAGAAAUAAGGAUAAAGAAAUGGACUACUAUAAUUUGACAAAUGAAAUAGAAAGAUUAAGAGACUAAGAAAGAAAGAUGUUGAUUGAAAAAGAGAGAUUUUAGAGUGAAAAUAUUAGAUUAGAAUCAGUAAUCAAUCAAUAAACUAAAUAAAUGGAAUUUUUAAAUAAAUUAAAAGAAGAAGCAAUGAAAGAAGCAAGAGAAUUAAGAUAAAUGAUUAAUGGAUUGAAAACAAAUGAUCAUGAAAUCAAAAAUACUUCAAUAAAAUUGUCAGAAAAAGUAAAUAAUUACGAAAUGACUUUAUAAGAUAUUAAUGAAUAAUUGUAAAAAGAGGUUUAAAGAUCUAAUAAACUAUAUAACGAAUUAACAGAAUCAUAAUCUUAAAUAUCUUCUCUUAAAUUACAAAAAACAGACCAAGAUAAUUAAAUUCGAUAAUUAAAACUAUUAUGUGAAAGUUUGGAAAAAUAGAAAGAAGAAUUAUUAUAAAGAUUAUAAUAAAAGAAUAGCACGAAGAUAGAGGAUGAAAGAUAAGUAUUAUAAUUAAGAGAAUUGAAUGAAAAUUUAGAUGAUAGAGUUAAUUAAUUAUCUGAACAGAAUGUCAUUUUAAAACGAUCCUUAGAGUAACUAGAUCUUGAAAGAGAUGAAGUCUAAAAUUAGUUAGAUGAAGUUAGAGAAACCAACAUCUCUUUGUAAUAAUAGAUUAAGCACAUGAAUGCUGAAAUUUCGAAAUAGCAAUCAAAAUUAUCAGAGGUUAGCACAAAAGGAGAACGAGGCUAUGAGGCUGCCUAAUAAUUAGAGGAGAAAUUAAGAGAUUAAAUUUAUAAGAAUUAAAAGCUCUAGAAUGAAAAUGAUAAUCUAAAAUACACUUUAUAAAUCAAAGAGAAAGAAUUCCAUGAGAUGAAAUCUGAUAUUUAAAUAUUAAGUAAAGAUAACCAAUCUUUAAAUAAUUAACUUGUCAAAUCAGUAUAAGAGAAGGAAUUAUAAAUAUAAUAAAUCCAAUUUUUAUAGUAAUAAGAAAUUAGACUUAAAGAGUAAAUUAAAAUGUUUGAUAUGGAAAUGCAUGAUUUGUAGCUUAAUUAUAGUGAAGUUUGUGCAGAAAAUCAAAGACUUACAGUUUCAAUUUAAUAAAUAUCAUUGCAACAUGAGGAUGUGUUACAACGAGGUGUAGAAUUAGAAAAAUAAGAAGACUUCUUUAAAAUUUAAAUGCAAAAUGCAUCAAAAAGAGAAGAUCAAUAUUAAAUCUAAUUAUAAUAAUAUGAGCGUGAAAUCGAAAGAUUGAACAGAAAAUCUGAAGAAUAUGAAAGAUAAAUAAGGGAAUUAAUUAAAGACAGAGAUGUAAUUAUAAUUUUUUAUUAUUUAGCAAUUAGGAAAAGAGUAUCACUCAUAAAGAAAGAUUUCCACAGGGUUUUAGGCUGCCCAGGAAGACUUUAAUAGACAAAUUGCCUAAUUAGAAAGAGAAAAAUAAUAUAUUGAAAAUGCUAAUAGAGACUUACAAAAAUAAGUCGAUUUAAAAGAUGCUUAAUUAUCUUGGGAAUAAAAGAGAGUAAAUGAGAUGGAGCAAGUUAUCAUUUAAGAAAGACAAUUGUAAAUGAAUACAUUAUAAGAAAUCCAACAAUUAAAAGAUCAAAAUGAAUAGCUUUUAUAAGAAUUAGAAAAAGCCUAUUAACCUUAAAAAUAUAGUUAAAGUAUCAAUAUAAAUUUAUUAAUUUAGAUUACAAAAAUGAAUCAUCCUAUGUCUCGUAAUAAUCCUAAUAAAGUGGAAUAAAGGAUAAUAGUUAAUUAGAUUAGUCUUCUGGAUGGGAAAGAUUAAAACAAGAGUCUGAAAAUUUCAAAAAGACUUUAAGUUAAGCUGCAAUUUCAUCUUAAAAUCUAAAAUAAAAAAUGAAAUCUCUAUAAAGAGAAUACGAAAUAUAAUAAAACCCUUAAUAACAAAGAUACAUUUGAGAAAUGAUCAUUAUAAUUAUA